UUAUUCUGGUAAAUGUUUUUAAUGUUUAAAGCUUCUGGUGCUUUGGGUUAACCUCCAGUGGACACUUGAGGAACUGCAGUUUUUAGAUCUUCUGUUGCCGUUUUGAGCUGUAAUCAGAGAAGGGCACAAAAACUGUUUAUUUUUGUUUAGUUACCUUUAUUUAAACCGGUUCGUAAAGACUCAUUUACAGUGCAGAUGAGAGUACAAAACAAACAAAAUACAGAACAGAUAUACACAAUAAAACAGUAAAGCACAGAACAGAAAGGAUCAGAGAAAACUAUUACAAACUGAGGUAAUUACUGUCAAUAUGACACAGAAAAUUUCGCUCUGUCAGGAAACUUAGAGGGAUAUUCUGGUGUAAAAUUAAUUUAGGGUCAAACACACUGUAACACACGGUGUGUUUGACCCUAAAUUAAUUUCACACCAGAAUAUUCCUUUAACCCAGGGGCGAAGAGUAUGAAAACAUACUACUCAAGUAAAAGCACAUUUACACUAUAAAAAUAUACACUGAAGUAAAAUUCAUUCAGCAUUAGAGUUGUAAUAUAACAGACAGCAUGAAAAUGUGAAGUGACUUGACUCUGCUUUCAUCCAGGCUGAUUAUAUUUAAUAUUUCUGCUCCAUCUCCGGUCAUUACUACACCCGCAGUGAUUCAUGUCUGGCUGUGUUUGGAGGAUUACCAUCACCACAAACUUAAAUAUAUAUAUUAGACUAUUUUCCACCCGUAAAUAAACGACAGAGACCCUAAAAACUUCUUCACGUCUCCUCGGGUCCACGCUCUGUAAAGCUCGGUCACAUGAGCAGUGCGCAUGCGUGAGGGGUAGUGAUCCGUCUCGCCCACAGAGGAUCUUUGGCCCGCUGCCUGCGUGCCCCUGCAGUGUGUACGUGCUGGCGCAAAGCGCGGCCUUCCGUCCUGCGCUCGUCCUCAUCAUCAACAACAACAACAACCGGAUAAAGUGUGUACCGACUCCCGGUGCUCAUUUACCCCGACGGACUCGCUCACACCGGGCCUCUGUGACGGUAAGGACCCGCUCCCUCGUCCCCGCGCUGUCCCCGUCCCCCCGCUCCGGCCGCCGUUACCGCGGGGAUGUCUGCGCGCUCUCGAGCCGUUCAUGGCUGCUCGAGCCCCGUCUCGUUCGUGUAGCGAGGCCGCGGCGCCGCUGCUCGCGUGCCUGUGUGUCGAUCCCGGGGACGGCGGAGCGGAGGGUCCGCGAGCCAGCACGCGGCCCCGCUCUCCGUCCGGCCGGGGAUGAUGACGGUCCGCGAGUUUACCGGAGAGACCGAGAAGGAGAGUAAAGAGAGAAAGAGAGAGACGCCAUUUUGUGAGAAAGAGCAGGAGCAGCAGGCCGGACUGUCCGCCAUUUAACACAAACACUGAGAAAAACCACCGACAUUAAACACACCGCGGGCGCUUCUUUCUUUCUCUCUCUCUCUCUCUCACACACACACACACACACACACACACACACACACACACACACACACACACACACACACACACAGUCCCCUCUAUACAUCACCGGUCAGUUCACCGGGAGGGUCGUCCGUUAAAGCUGCCGGUCUGUUGCGUUUCAGCGGGUUACCGUCCCCGGCCAACCCCCUCUGACCGCCCCGCUAACCCUCCGUCCCUCCACCGAUACCCGAACCGGGCCACAGUUUGUCCCGCCGGUGUGGUCCAGUUCCGCUCUCUGUUGUCAUACCGAGUUUCUCGGCUGUUGCCCGGCGGCCUGACCCGCUUCAGUCCGGGUCAGAAAGAUUCGGGUUGGGACGGGGCUCUGGUUCAGACUCGGAACUGUCAGCCUGGUACGGUCCGGGUAAAGUUAGUCCGGGUUCUCCGUCUGCUCUCCAUCCGCACAUGCACUCAAUGCUUCAUGGGGCGUGCACACGCUCCGGAGCGCGUGCCCGCUACAGCAGAGGUACAUGAACUAUUGGGAACAGGGGGGUGAGGUGGGGGGGCAGCCUGCCUUUGAGCCAGGCACUGGGAGCAGACGGUCACGUGAUCUGCUCCCAGUUUAACUCUCUUUAAAAGUUUUUGGGUAUUUUCUGAUUUUAUCAGGCAGGCGGGCUGAAGAGAGACCGGACAGAGGGGAGAGAGGGGGGGGGUGAUGACUGGGAAUCGAACCAGAGACCGCUGCAACUAAGACUACACCCUCUAUACAGGGGGUGCCCAGAUCUCUAGACCAGUGAUUGUCAAAUGGUCUCACUCUGGGACCCACAUUUCUCAUGGUCCUUAAGUCCUGACCCACUCUUAAUAAAUUCAAACCAAGAAAAUUUAUUUUUUAGAAAAAAAAAAACUUUUAAAGACUAAAAUCUUAAACAUAAAUACACCGUUUUAUUGAGUAAAAUGCAUUCCAGAUUGAAGUUUGGAAAAAAAGACAUGUCAAACCUCUGAUGCACAUUAAAUAUUGACUUUUUGGACCAGCUGUUUGUGACCCACUUUUGGGUCAGGAACCACCAGUUGAGAACCACUGCUCUAGACCAAUGGCACCCUCCGUUUGAUGGAUUUAAAACAGAAAUUUAAAGUUAGACAGAUGAGAUUUUACCACCAAACACAGUUACUGUUAUUUACAGCCCAAAGGCUUCAUGGGAAAUGUAGUUUUUGAUGUUCAUCAUGGUAGAUUUUAAACUGGACUCAGGAGGUCAUACCCAGUAAACGCCUGCCUCACAAAUACACAAAGAGACACACAUCACACACUGUUGUGCUGUUCUUUUACACACAAACACACACUCACACACAUAAGGGGAAGUGUGUUUUGAUCAGUGUGUCUCACCUGUUUGUCUCACCUGUCCUCAGAUGGCGGAGACGGUGAAGUACGUGGACGAUGAACACAAGAGUAUCUUCCUGAAGCUGCUGAACGAGCAGCGUCUGGAGGGCGAGCACUGUGACAUCGCCGUGGUGGUCGAAGACGUGAAGUUCAGGGCUCACCGCUGUGUGCUCGCCGCCUGCUCCAACUACUUCAAAAAGCUGUUCAAGAAACACGAGGUACCGCUGAAACACACACACACACACACACACACUCACACAUACCUCAUUAAGUCACCUGUAAUGACUGAUCAAUCACAGCACCUGUCUCACACCUCACCUGUAACAUGUCUCACCUGUGUGCGUCCUCAGGUGGAUAACUCGUCGGUGAUAGAGAUCGAUUUCAUCCGCUCGGACAUCUUUGAGGAGGUGCUGAACUACAUGUACACCGCCAAGAUCUCCGUCAAGAAGAGAGACGUCAACCUGAUGAUGUCAUCCGGACAGAUCCUCGGCAUUCGCUUCCUGGACAAGCUCUGCUCACAGGUAACGCACACAGGAUACACACCUGGGUAUCACACAUCAGAGGAGAAGAGAGAGAGAGAGAGAGAGAGAGAGGGUCUGUGAUGUCAGAGAUCCAGGUAAAGCUCCUCCCACUGAGUGAUGAUGCGUUCAUGUGUCCUCAGAAACGAGACAUGUCUUCAGAGGACAAAGAGAAGUUUCCCUACGACAUCGUAAAGAUGGCGCUUCCGCCUGAAGCCCAGCUCGCCGCCGACGCCGAGGUAAAAAAAACGAAAUUAUAAACAAAGUUCAUGUUUUAAUCUCAGGUGUGUGAUCGUCAUGCUGAUCUGUGUGUGUGUGUGUGUGUGUGUGUGUGUGUGUGUGUGUGUGUGCGCAGGUGCUUGGAGAGCACGAUGACACGCCUACCACAGAUGACCUUGUUGAGGCAUCAGCCAAUCAGGAGCUCGAUAAAUCUCCCAGUGCGGCGCUACGAGUUCAGGAAGCCAUUCUUAAAGAACUGACCAAUGAGGACGUACACAAGGUACACACACACACACACACACACGCACACACACACACACACACACAGACACACACACACACACACACACCCUAAACAUGGAGAUUGUCUUUAUAAAGACUGGAGAACACCUGUGUGACCUCACCUGUGUGACCUCACCUGUGUGACCUCACCUGUGUGACCCCCUCCAGGUGACCUGCUAUGACCAGGACGUGGUAACAGAGAUGGAGACGGAGCCUAAAGAGCUGGGGGCGGAGCAUCACGCCACACAGACGCUGACGUUCGCAGACAGUAUGGGGGAGGUGAAGGACGAGCAGCCGCCCGGUUGGUCCACCGCCACCGCCGACAUGAAGUUUGAAUACCUGCUGUACGGGACACGGGAACAGCUCGCCUGCCAGGUGUGCGGCAAGACCUUCCUGGAUGAGACCAGACUCAGGUACUUAGAUCUCACACAGUCCACACAGUCAGAUCACCUGGUUCAUCACCUGGUUGACUCACCUGUCCUCUCCACCUGCAGGAAACACGAGAAGCUGCAUUCAGCGGAGCGUCCGUUCGGCUGCGAGAUCUGCACCAAAGCUUUCACCACACACGCUCACCUGAAAGGUAAGAACUCACCUGCACCCGGGCUGUGAUGUCAUCAGGUUUCUGUUCACAGACGUCAAGUUUUUGGCUCCGCCCUCACCUGUGUGUUUCAGAACACCUGAAGAUCCACACAGGCUUCAAACCGUACAGGUGUGACGUCUGCGGGAAAUCGUUCAUACGAGCUCCAGACCUGAAAAAACACGAACGAGUUCACAGCAACGAGAGGCCGUUCGCCUGCCAGAUGUGUGACAAGGUCAGCUCACCUGUCCGUCUCUUACCUGUCUGUCUCUCACCUGUCUGUCUCUCACCUGUCCGUCUCUUACCUGUCCACUAAUCACCUGUCGACUCUCUGCAGGCGUUCAAACACAAGUCUCACCUGAAGGACCACGAGCGGAGACACAGAGGAGAGAAACCCUUCGUCUGUCCGUCAUGCACUAAGGCCUUCGCCAAGGUAAAUUUAGACCCCGCCCCUAGAAUGUUCUCCAAAGGUGUCCUUAUCUUUGACUUUGGGAAGUUUCUGAAUGCCGAUUUUGUAGUUUUGGUUUGUUUUCAAAACGUCGGAUCUCUAACGACACCUCACCUCACGCCGCUCCUCUAACCUCGUACCUGCAGCCCCUCCGUGUCUCUCACAGACCUGUUGUUGUUGUCUGUUAGAUAAAGGUGUCUGUGUUGGCGGUGAGUUCAGGGUCUGUCUGUACUUUCAGGCGUCGGAUCUGAAGCGUCAUGAGAACAACAUGCACAGUGAGAGGAAACAGCUGAACCCGCUGCAGAGCGACACAGAGACGCUGCAGGCCGCCGCCAUGGCUGCUGAGGAGCAACACCUGGACGCCAUCAGCUGCUCCUAACACCCCCCCUUCCUCCUCCUCCUCUUCCAUCAGCUGCUCCUCCUCCUCCUGCUCCUCCUCCUGCUCCUGUCUGGAGGAGGUUCUGGUUAAACAGGAUGUAAAGGACAUUCUUUGUUCAUUAGUUUGUUUUUAUGGAUCAGUGAACGUGAACUGAUGACCUCACUGAUCAUACAUGUAAACAUGGCCAACCUGAUGACCUCAUGAUCAUGUGAUAUCACGCCAACAUGGCUGACCUCCUCCAUGUAUGAUGUGUAAACAGUUUGUUUGUAAAUGACCUUUUUUAUGGUGUGAACAAACCCUGUACAGAGAGCUGUUGGUUUGUGUCGUUGUUUGAAAUAAAGUCGAUGUUCUGUUCAGUUUCAUGAGCAGAGCUGCUCUUUAUCCA